CCAGCUUGUUCCAUUGGGUAGAAUAUGUUUCUUCAAUUGGCAACAGGUGUCCAGUGGGUAAAGGAAUUAAUUUGGGAAUCUGGAUGGAACUGAAGUAAUGCACUUAAGGAGCAGGGACAUCUUGUGUGUGGAGAACUACAUCUGAAAUUUCCGAAGGAUUAUACUGUUCUUUUUUUGGGGGGGGGGACUAUUGUGGGGGCCCUGCAAGGAAGGGAUUGAUUUGGGGAUACUCUUGGUGCCUGUACCUUAACCAAAAAUGAAGGAGGACAACUGUUUACAUGCUGCCCUUCUCUGCCUGGGAAUGCUGAGCUACACCCUGGCCAUGGCAACGGAAAGGCUGCAUUCUUCAAGGCCGUCGCUCCAUGGACACCAUGAAAAGGGAAAGGAAGGGCAAGUUCUCCACCGUUCCAAAAGAGGAUGGGUUUGGAAUCAAUUCUUUGUAAUAGAGGAAUACACAGGACCAGAUCCUGUACUGGUGGGCAGGCUUCAUUCCGAUAUUGAUUCUGGUGAUGGGAACAUUAAAUAUAUUCUCUCAGGUGAAGGAGCAGGAAUCAUUUUUGUCAUUGAUGACAAAUCAGGGAACAUCCAUGCAACAAAGACACUGGAUCGGGAAGAAAGAGCUCAGUACACUUUAACUGCCCAAGCUGUGGACCGGAAUACCAACCGACCCCUGGAACCACCUUCUGAAUUCAUUGUGAAAGUUCAAGAUAUUAAUGACAACCCCCCUGAAUUCUUACAUGAAAACUACCAUGCCAAUGUACCAGAGAGAUCCAACGUAGGUACGUCAGUUAUUCAGGUGACGGCCUCAGAUGCUGAUGAUCCUACGUAUGGAAACAGUGCCAAACUAGUGUACAGCAUUCUUGAAGGUCAGCCGUAUUUUUCCGUGGAAGCGCAAACAGGUAUUAUUAGAACUGCUCUUCCCAACAUGGACAGAGAAGCAAAAGAAGAAUAUCAUGUCGUCAUCCAAGCGAAGGACAUGGGAGGACACAUGGGAGGACUCUCAGGGACGACCAAAGUGACAAUUACCCUGACUGACGUCAAUGAUAACCCACCCAAAUUCCCACAGAGUGUUUAUCAGAUGUCAAUAUCAGAAGCAGCUGUCCCAGGGGAAGAAGCCGGAAGAGUGAAGGCCAAAGAUCCCGAUAUUGGGGAGAAUGGCUUAGUGGCAUACAACAUUAUCGACGGGGAUGGUAUGGAGAUAUUUGAAAUUACAACAGAUUACGAGACUCAGGAAGGGGUUGUGAAGCUUAAGAAGCACCUGGAUUAUGAAGCUAAAAAGACCUACAGUCUGAAAGUAGAGGCGGCCAAUGUACACAUAGACCCAAAGUUCAUCAACAAUGGACCAUUUAAAGAUACUGUGACUGUGAAAAUCAAUGUGGAGGAUGCCGAUGAGCCACCAGUGUUUUUAGCACCAAGUUACAUUUUUGAAGUGGAUGAGAAUGCAGGCCCCGGUGCUUCAGUGGGGAGGGUACAUGCCAAAGACCCCGAUGCUAAGAACAGCCCUAUAAGAUAUUCAAUUGAUCGUCACACUGACCUCGACAGAUAUUUCAGUAUCAGCUCAGAAAAUGGUUCAAUUAUGACCAUUAAAAAACUAGAUAGAGAAGAAAUAGCCUGGCAUAAUAUUUCAAUACUUGCAGCUGAAAUCCAUAACCGGCAUCAGGAAGCUAAAGUUCCAGUAGCGAUCAAAGUCCGCGACCUAAAUGACAAUGCUCCAAAAUUCUCAGAUGCAUAUGAAACCACCGUCUGCGAAAGGCGUCAGAGCAAUGAGCCAUUAAUUACAAUUACUGCAGAGGACAAGGAUGAUACAGCCAAUGGCCCAAGAUUUAUCUUCAGUUUGCCGCCUGAAAUUAUCCAUAAUCCUAAUUUUACUCUCCGAGAUAACCGAGAUAACACAGCGAGCGUUAUCACGAGACGCACAAGCUUCAGUCGACAGAUGCAGGAUUUAUACCUUCUGCCUAUUGUGAUAAGUGAUGGUGGGAGCCCUGCGCUGAGCAGCACCAACACGCUCACAAUCCGAGUCUGUGGUUGUGACGGCGAUAGGAUCUCGUGCAAUCCUGAGGCCUACACCCUUAAUGCGGGACUCAGUACUGGGGCUUUAAUUGCAAUCCUUGCUUGCAUUGUGAUUUUGUUAGUGAUUGUAGUGUUAUUUGUAACACUGAAACGGCAAAAGAAAGAGCCCCUCAUUGUCUUUGAAGAAGAAGAUGUACGAGAGAAUAUUAUCACUUAUGAUGAUGAAGGGGGCGGGGAGGAAGACACUGAAGCUUUUGACAUUGCAACUUUGCAAAACCCAGAUGGCAUCAACGGAUUUAUUCCUCGCAAAGACAUAAAGCCCGAGUAUCAAUACAUGCCCAGGCCAGGGCUUCGGCCUGCUCCAAACAGUGUUGAUGUUGAUGACUUUAUCAACACAAGAAUACAAGAAGCCGAUAACGAUCCGACGGCUCCUCCCUAUGACUCUAUCCAGAUCUAUGGCUACGAAGGGAGGGGCUCAGUGGCCGGUUCACUAAGCUCUUUAGAGUCAGCAACGACGGAUUCCGAUUUGGACUAUGACUAUCUACAAAACUGGGGACCUCGUUUUAAGAAACUAGCGGACUUAUAUGGCUCCAAAGACACUUUUGAAGAUGAUUCUUAACAAUAAUGUUUCAGAUUUGGCCUUAAGAACUGUGUCUAACAUUCUGGAAAAAAAUUCAGAGGAAAAAAAUGUAAGCAGGUAUUUUUUAAAAUAAAAUAAGGAAAGGUUCAUAGAAAACAUUUAGGUUUGACAGAGACGGGGGAGGGUCCUUUCGUAUAAAGAAGGAACAAAAAGGACAUCAAAGUGGUGAAUACUGUGAAGUACCUUUUCUUGCAAAAGGCAAAAUACAGAAGUUGGUUAUCAACUUCAGUAGAAGGGGAAAAAAAUAACCACUUGUGAAAUAUAAAAUAUUUAAGAAAAGGGAAAAUUCUAAAAGUCAUCAGAGAAUCGAGGGCAAUCUUUCCCCCCCUUUUUCUUCUCUCUCUUUUUUUUUUGGUGUGUAUUACGAACAGCUAAGUCUUUUAUGUCAAAGAAGCUUCCACAAAUUAGAAAGGAUCACAGUUCUGAGCUGUAAUUUCGCCUUAAACUAUGGACACUCCCUACGUAGUGCAUUUUUAAACUUGAAAUAUAUAAUAUUCAGCCAGCUUAAACACAUAUGAUGUAUGUACAGGACAAUGUACAAUUUUGUCUCUUGAGCAUCCAACUUGUUUCUGCUGACUCUUGUAAAUCUUUUUUGCUUAUACUUUCAUCUUAAUCUAAUACGUGCCAGAUAUAUUAAAAAAACUCUGUCUUGUUGCAGUGGGAGGCGCCCUAUUUCUAUGUCAUUUUUAAAUGUAUCUAUUUGUACAAUUUUAAAGUUCUUAUUUUUAGUAUACAUACAAAUAUCAGUAUUCUGACAUGUAAGAAAAUGUUACA